AUGAGGCAUAUUCAGCAGUCUGCAACAGAAGUGUUGUCUUCAUUAUGUGAAGGGCAAUCGCGUGAAGAAAGGUGUAAGACGUUAAACGGACAUUUGACAGAAAUCCAAAAGCGUUAUGAUAGCGUUCUGUCUGAGAUCGUUCGAACCAAGACAAGUAUCGAGGAAGCCAGAGUGAAAUAUGAGAACAUGAAUGACAUGAUCCGAACACUCGAACAGUUAAAGUGUAGUCUGGAGCAGCACAUUCGAACUGUAAGGUUAAAUGAAAGUUCAUUUGCUGGAACAUCCGCUGUUCUAGAAUAUGACGCAGCCAAGACACGUACCAACAAUCUCAUCAGUGUUAUCAGGGCGAGGUCACAAUGGGAGAGAGCUAAAGAGCUGCUGAAAGAAGAAGGAAAAGAAGACCAACGGAAAAUGUAUGAAUGUCUCGCAGAUAUGCAAGCCAGUCAAGAAAUUCUAGCCAAGUUUGUCUCGAAAGGCUUUGGCACUAAGGAAUUCGAAGAAAUGAAGGAUCGUUUCCUCGCAUGGCAGAGCGCUGCUUUAAUUUUUGCCAUACAGCAGGCAGAUUUCGAGAAGUUAGCGGAAAUUCAGAAAACUUAUGAAAGUCUUGGCCAGUUUAUUUCUAUUUUCCGUCGUGUUUCGAUAAAUAGACUACGGGAGUUCUCCUCAGAUGGAACGACUAUUCAGUCGAUCGUUGCUUCUCUACACAAAGAACUGGAAUUCGUUUUCACACAUCACCACAAAGUUCUUCGUCGUUUCCUCAAUGAUGACGAUGCGACAGCUCUGCUCUCAAAAGCUAUCGAAGAAGGUCUAAAUGAGCUCGAUCUUUCAACAUCGAUAACCAGUCUUAUUUCUGCAGAUGAAAAUCCAGUCGGACUUCUCCAGAAGAUCUCAAAUGUGCUGGCCACUCGAUCAGAAGUUUCCUCGAAACUCACACAACUUGCUGAUGCUCAUUUUUACUUGAGAAACAAAAUCAUCCAUGAUCUCGUGGACCCAUUCCGUUCUGCCUUGACUGCCUAUCUAUUGGCAAAGAUCAAUGCCUUUGAUUUUAAAGCUCUUGAAAACUUUAUGGUGAAGAUGCAAAUCUGGAAACCACUGAUGGAAGCCGAGCAUCGUACCCGUUCAAUUGAGGACUUAGUUUCGGUGUGUGCUAGUUCCGGCCAACUUGUUUUCGGUCUUCAAGAGUUUAAAGCUAUGGUGACUGGUGUUGAGCGUGAGUUAUUUGUUUACCAAUGA